AACCAAAAUCGAAACCGUACACUGAUAGUGAAAAUGGCCUCCGCGACAACUGUGGCACGGCCACUUCUUGCCCUGCCGGAAGGUUGGUCAGCUGAGAAGGACUUUAAACCCAUUGGUUCUAUCACAGCGUCUACUCAACGCACUAUCGAGCCUGUCGGACCUCACUUCUUAGCCCAUGCCCGCCGUGCACGCCAUAAGCGUACAUUUUCCGAAGAUGACCGAAUUCAAGCUCAGGAGAGUGCGAAGAAGAUUGAGAAAGAUGACGAGAGUGAUGUCAGCGAACCUGAGGAUCCUAUGAUGCUCCAGCGAGAGGCCAAGGACUGGAAGUCGCAAGACCACUACCAAGUCUUAGGUCUGUCUAAGUACCGCCAUAAAGCUACAGAAGACCAGAUCAAGCGUGCCCACCGCAAGAAGGUCUUGAAGCACCACCCCGACAAGAAGGCAGCCUCAGGCAGUACCGAGGAUGACAACUUUUUCAAGUGUAUCCAGAAGGCCACCGAGGUCCUACUCGACCCCGUAAAACGCAGGCAAUUCGACUCGGUAGAUGAGAAAGCCGACGUGGAUCAGCCAACUAAGAAGGAGCUUUCCAAAGGCAACCCCUACAAGCUUUGGAGCCGCGUCUUCAAGUCCGAAGCCCGCUUCUCCAAACAACAGCCCGUGCCAAGUUUCGGCGAUGAGAACUCCGCCAAAGAAGACGUCGAAAAUUUCUAUAACUUCUGGUAUAACUUCGACUCGUGGAGAUCCUUCGAAUACUUGGAUGAGGAUGUACCGGACGACAACGAGAACCGCGACCAGAAGCGUCACAUGGAGCGCAAGAACGCCAAUGCCCGCAAAAAGAAGAAGGCCGAGGACAACGCCCGCCUGCGCAAGCUACUAGACGACUGCUCCGCCAGCGACGAGCGCAUCAAGAAGUUCCGUCAGGAGGCUAACGCCGCCAAGAACAAGAAGCGUCUCGACAAGGAGGCCGCUGAGAAGAAGGCGAAGGAGGAUGCCCGCUUGAAGAAGGAGGCCGAGGAGAAGGCUGCUAAGGAAGCGGAAGAGAAGGCAAAGACAGAGCGUGAAGCCAACAAGAAGGCUAAGGAGGCCGCCAAGAACGCGGUGAAGAAGAAUAAGCGUGUGCUCCGUGGCUCCGUCAAGGACGCUAACUACUUCUCUGGAGCCGGUGAUGCUAGCCCCGCACAGAUCGACGCCGUGCUAGGCGACGUUGAGUUGAUCCAGAGCAAGAUCGACCCUGACGAGGUUGCGGCUCUAGCAGGCAAGCUGAACGGCCUCAAGGUCGCGGACGAGAUCAAGGGCGUGUGGAGCGGUGAGGUCAAGCGUCUUAUUGCGGCUGGUAAGUUGAAGGAUGGCGAGACAAAGUCGUUCCCAUAGAUAUAGUAUAUGAGCUGGACCUAUUAGAUUCGAGGUCUGCUUAUUAGUAGACGGAAUACCAAUAAUCUGCAGUACGCAUACACUCC